AUGUUAAUUUUAAUUGUAUUUACCAUACAUUUACAUGAAGUGGGAAGUGAAUCUGCACGAAAGAAGAAAAAGGAGGCUAGGGUCAAAGGAAAAACAAGUAGCGGUUGCAAAAUAAAACUUGCAGAAGAUAUUCCCGUAAAUGAGCCACUAUAUCUCUUGGAAAAGAAAGGAGUGUAUUCAUUAUAUUCUCCCACGGGAAAAGACAACGUGUUGAAGCCAAAAGAAGAAAUUAUUCUAUUAUGUCCUGGCAAACAAAAUACUAUAGCGAGCAGCAAGUUGAAUAUGACAAAGUUGACAUGCUUGGAUAACAAAAAGUUUGGAAUAAAUAACAAACAAGUGUCUUUUCGAGCCUUAAACUGUACAAAAGAAGUUAACGGGGAUCUACGAAUAACGGACAAAACUUGUGGUGACGGCAUGGGAACGCUUAUGGAAAUUGGAUUCAAUUUCAAUAAGAAGGUUUUCCUAAAAAUAUUUGAAGUAUGUUACAAUACGGAAACAGCUUCAGCAUUAUACUCAAUGCAUCAAGUACACGGAAAAGUUAUCCAACAUACAAUUCCGGAUCCUGAAAGACGUUCUUUUAGAACAAGUGGAAUUCCAAAAGGGGCUCGACCACUUGAGUCGUACAAGAAAGAAACUCAGAUUACUCGGUUUAGCGAGAUUUUCGGAGAAAAUCAACAAUAUUUUAAUGAAACAUCUUUUUUGAUGAAAGGUCAACUUACUCCGGAGUCGGAUUUUAUAUUCAGCUCUCAUCAACUUGCAUCGUAUUUUUUCGUGAAUGUUGCCCCUCAAUUUAAUGCUAUCAAUCAAGGAAAUUGGUUGCAAGUGGAAAAACUGAUUCGAAUGCUGGCGCAAAAACAUCAAAGUGAUCUUACAAUAUACACGGGAACGUUCGACAAACUAACUUUGGCUUCUGAGCGAACUGGUAGACGUACUUUAUACCUUGAAGACAAUGAUAAAAUUGAAGUGCCCAAGUGGUUUUGGAAAAUUAUUGUUAACGAGACAUCUGACGCGGCCAUUGUACUCAUGACAUUGAACAAUCCUCAUGCUAAAUUAGUUGAUGCUCAAAGUUUUUGUCAAAACAUUUGCUCCAGCAUCGGUCUUAUAUCGCAUGGUUUGAAAAGUUUGAAGAAAGGCUACACUUAUUGCUGUGAAUUAAAUGAUUUUAAGAAGACCGUGACCACAGUUCCAUCUACUUUGAAUCCUAAGAAUAUCUUAGAACUAUCGUUAUCUAAUAUCAGCUUUGGUUGAACACAGGAUAUGUAACCAAUUAGAGAACACAUACAUAAAUAAAUAUGUAAUAAAUAUGUAUUUUUACCAAAUAAAUAAAUAUAUCAGU